GUUUAUAAGGCUAUGCGUGUAAAUAUUUUAUAUUAAAGUGCUGUUUGCAGUACAUAAUGGCGCACAUGUAUUGGGUUAUAUUGGCUUCCCUUUUCGCAUGCACAUUUGCACUUAAAUCCACCACAGGAAGGGAAUUCGUCACUGGAUUUCUGAGUUAUGAUCCUCAUUGCAUUUUAAGACUAGAUAUAGCCUCCAGUACAAAUGGCGAUGUUGAAGUAUACGUACCAUAUCUCGGAAUAAAUACCACCUACUCUUUCAAUAGAACAUUUUCAACUACGUUCGACGAUAGUCUUCAGCUUUACGGUACUCGGAUCGGACAAAACGGCGUUUAUGUUAAAUCAUCAGUUGAUGUUUCGGUCUACAUUACCACAGAUGAAAAUUCAUAUCAACAUGGGUACAGUGAAGACACACACCUAUGCCUGCCUAUUCAAGCGCUUGAUAGAGUAUAUUACAUUUCUAGUUAUUUUCCAAACAGAGGACUUCCAUCACAAUUUAUGGUGAUAUCCCCGUUUGCGAACACUGAGGUGAAUAUAUCCUUUCCUAACGGCACAUCGAUAUCAAAGACACUGAACCGGUUGGACGUCUAUCAGGAAGCCUCCCUGAAUAGCGAUCUUACUGGUACUAUCGUCCAGUCAAGUAAACCCGUAUCUGUGGUAAGCGGAGUGGCAUGUGCGACUGUUCCUAAUGCCGAUAUUUUUUGUGAUAUGAUUGGUGAACAAAUGAUACCAACUAAUGCAUUCGAAACAAAUUUCAUCAUUCCGCCAAUCCUAUCUUACCAAUUCAUGGUUCGUAUUUUCAGUAGUCAACGUAAUAACAAGGUAUGUGUAAAAGACGAAUUGCUUGAAAAUUGCACAAUUAUGGAUUCACAUAAAUGGUUUGAGUCUGUACCUACUCUUUCGCCCUUAGUCGUCACUAGUCAAGAACCGAUAUCCGUCAUACAAUACAAAGAAAAUCAAGCGUAUAUGACAAUAAUUCCGAGUAUUCGUCAAUUUAUGAAUGCGUAUACUUUUUUUGCACCAGAGGUCUCUGCAGACCACAUUCACUAUAUUUCCGUUACCAUAAUCUCUUCUGCAUCGCAAUUGCUUCGUCUAGACGGCAAAUUACUUAGUGAUCAACUUGUUGACACUGCUCACGUGGCACAUCCAUUCAACAGUUAUACAGUCCUCACAUUCAGAAUAACUUCAGGAUACCACGUGAUGACAUCGACAGAUACACAUGUUGUGUUCGGAUUGAUUGUAUUUGGAAUUGGAUCCGAUGCCGCAUACGGUUAUCCUGCUGGGAUAAACUUUGGUAACUAUAUGAAUGAAUGUGCAUCCUCCCCAUGUCUUCACGGUGGUACAUGUUCAGAUGGUGUUAACGCUUUCACCUGUUCUUGCUUAGCUGGCUACAGUGGAAGGAAUUGUGAAAUCAGUAAGUUUUAUUUGUUUGUUCAUUUUGUUCAACAUCUAUUGAAAUGAUCAUGACAGACCAAUAUCAAAUUUUCCCAAAUGAAUGAACUUCGAUGUAAUUCGUUUUCAAUAAAUCAUUGUACAAUUGGGCUCUCCGUCUUGUUUAUGAAAAUAAUAACGAGGACAUCUGUAUUAAUUGUAAAUAUAAGUUUGACUAAUUUCUUGUUCCUAGAGCCUUCGCGGAUGUUUCAAAUACUCAGUUUUAAUUUAUAUGAUCUACGUUAAAAUCCCCCGUAAUCCCCCGUCGGGUUUUCCAUUAUGUUUCGGACGUUAACGGAAAAAUAAUCCAAUGCUGACGCAACUAUACAUUUUCCUUCGUUUUCACGUAAUAUUUGUACACACUGAUGUGUGUUCACUUUGUGAGUUUUCGCAUAUUUACAAUUGCAGACUCCAACAAACAGUUGAUGUGCUACAGUUGUGAAGACAUGUCUAACCUUGAACUUUGUGAUACAGUGAAACAAUGUGGCGAUUGGGAAGUGAGACGUUUGAGUUUAUAAUUUGUAUACUUAUUUUACAAUACGGUUUAAAAACAUAAUAUUUUAGAACACUUUGUACAGCGCACCAUUGAUAAUUUUAACUGUAUGUAUUUGCAUCUAUGUUAAGAAAUGAAUAUGUAUUCAGGUAUGUGUGGUAGAGAGAACCCAUGUCAAGUACAGGUCGGGAUGUGCCAAUAGUUCGAUUUGUUCGACAUAUUAUCCAAGCUCCAGUCACUGUGCAGAAUGUUGCAAUAACGACUACUGCAAUGGUCGUGGAUGCGGGGAUGAAGGUUUAGUCUCAAGACCUGAACGAGGGCCAUUGUGCUAUGACUGCAAUCAUGUUCGAAC